GCCUCGAUGCGCCCCGAGACGUCAUUCGAAAACGCAUUGUGUGGAUUGAUAUAGUCUGCAUUUCCUGUGCAUCAGUUCUCACCCGUGCUUUGUGUGUUUUACGAGUAUCACUGUUCUGUGUCAGGCAAAUAUCCGAAGGCGCGUCAAGCGGAAUUGUAAUACGACAACGUGUGCAUCUCAUUGCUCCACUUCGUUUCUGUUACGAAAAAUCUGACCUCAAAAAUGCUAAAGGAAUGGGGAAAGUACGUGGUAGCAGUAACAAUAGUGUUUACAUUUGGAAUCUCACAAGGAGCUUUCCCCAGCCGCGAACUUCUUAAAAAGUCCAUUAAUGUCGGGGCAAUAUUUCCGUCAAACACGGUAACCGAGGUGGCCUUUGCAUCAGCUUUGCAACGAGCUUCAAUGGAGAGCGAGAAAUAUCGCUUCGUCUUGAAACCUGUGUACGUUCCGUAUGGAGAUAGCUAUGCAGCUUCAAAAGCCGCCUGUGAAUUGUUAGGCAGUGGCGUGAUCGCAAUAUUUGGACCGACGGACCGAAUUUCAGCAGCCGCGGUCGAAGCUCGAUGCAGAGCCGCUAAAGUACCUCACAUACAGGCAACAUGGCGACCUUCGCCGGAACGUGGAAUUGAAAAACCGAUUCCAGCAGGCGCCAAUGUGUACCCUGACUCGACAGCAUUCGCUUUUUUCAUGUCACGUUUUGUAAAGGACAGCGAUUGGAUUGCCUAUGCUCUUUUGUAUGACGAAGAUGAGGGUCUCUUAAGACUUCAAGAGAUAUUAAAACAUGCCGACCCAGAGCACAAAUGGACAUUACGAAGACUUACGCCUGGGGAAGAUAAUCGACCAUUGUUCAAAGACCUCAAGAACGACACACGAAUGACUAAAGUCAUCAUAGACUGUGCUGCUAGCAGGGUGCUGGAGUACCUCCGGCAAGCGAAAGAAGUUAAUUACUUUGAAGACUAUAUGAGCUACGUUUUAUCAUCCAUGGACGUACCGUCACUAGAUUUAAAAGAGUUGACGCAUGGUCUUUCAAAUGUAACGUGUUUCCGGAUCUUCGAUCAUGAGGAUUCACGCUCCAGAUCUUAUCUUGCCGAUUGGAAAGUUAGAGGAACCCCAGAAGUUAAUAUUCCACAUACACCUCAAGAAAUUUCUGUAGAAGCAGCCUUAGCUAGUGACGCAGCCAGAUUAAUAACAGACGCGGUAGAAAGUGCUCCUGAUGAAUUUCAAAUAGAAGCAAAGACGUUAGAAUGUGGUACCGAAGACCAAUGGGAAAUUGGUGAAGAGUUUCUUAACCAUAUUUUAACAAAUCCCAUAACGGGCAUCACAGGCAAUAUUCAGUUCGACAACACUACUGGCGAAAGAACUAAUUUUGAUGUUACUAUAAUGGAAUUAUCUUCUUUUGGAUUCAACAGAAUAUCACAAUGGAAUCCGGAAUCUGACUUUAUAAAUUUAAGGUCUGAACACGAAGUCGCUGAUAUAAGAAAAGAAAAAUGGCAAAAUAAGACCUUUAAAAUAGUAACCCGUAUUGGACCACCGUUUCUUGUUAUGGCGAAACCAAAAGAAGAAGGCGUAGAGUUAACUGGAAAUGACCGAUAUGAAGGUUAUUCAAAAGACUUAAUUCAUGAAUUACUAAAAGAAACUUUAAAUUUAAAUUAUGAACUAGUUAUUGUACCAGGAAAUGCCUACGGUUCUUAUAAUAAAGAAACGAAACAAUGGGAUGGACUCAUUGGUUAUCUUAUAGAUCGAAAAGCAGACUUAGCAAUUUGCGAUUUAACUAUCACCUAUGAAAGGAGAUCAGCUGUGGAUUUUACGACGCCUUUUAUGACACUCGGAAUCAGCAUUUUAUAUCUGAAGGCAACAGCCCCUGAGCCUGAGCUCUUUUCUUUUCUAAAUCCAUUUUCUGUGGAUGUUUGGAUAUAUAUGGCUGCUGCCUAUUUGGCUGUUUCUGUAUUUCUUCAUGUAUUGGCCAGAUUAGCUCCAAAUGACUGGGAAAAUCCACACCCAUGUGACAAGUCUCCAGAAGAACUAGAAAAUAUCUGGCAUGUCAAAAAUUCAUGCUGGCUCACUAUGGGAUCUAUCAUGACACAAGGAUCUGAUAUUCUUCCAAAGGGUUAUUCAACUCGUUGGAUUUGCGGUAUGUGGUGGUUUUUUGCUCUCAUUAUGUGCUCUUCCUACACUGCAAACCUCGCUGCCUUUCUCACAAAAACUGCCAUGGAGGUAACCAUUAAAGAUGUCGAAGAACUAGCUGGACAAACUAAGGUCAAAUAUGGGACUCUAGCCAAAGGUUCUACGUACUCUUUUUUCAAGCGUUCAAACGUUUCGACAUACCAAAAAAUGUGGGCCGCCAUUGAAUCAGCCAGACCUCCAGUAUUUGUCAAAAGUAAUGACGAAGGUGUAGAUAGAGUACGAAAGAGCAAACGAGGAUACGCAUUCAUGAUGGAGUCUACUACUAUUGAAUAUUAUAUGGCAAGAUAUUGUGAUUUAAUGCAAAUUGGAGGGUUGCUAGACUCGAAAGGAUAUGGAAUAGCGAUGCCAUUUGAUUCCCCUUAUCGCACAGAUGUGGACAACGCGUUACUAAAGUUAGCUGAAAGUGGCAAACUAAUAGAACUUAAAAACCGUUGGUGGACAAACCCUGAUGGAGAUUCAUGCACAGAAGAAGGAGGUGGAGACGACGACUCCAGUGGCGGGGAGCUUGGAGUGGAAAAUGUUGGUGGUGUAUUUGUUGUACUGGGCAUAGGGUGUGGUGUAGCCGCGGGGAUGGGUAUCUUUGAAUUUCUCUGGAAUGUUCGAGAAGUUGCUAUUGAACAAAAGAUGACUCCUACCGAAGCCUUUUGGGCAGAACUAACAUUUGCCCUGAGUUUUUGGGAGACCAAAAAACCUGUUCAACACUCUAGGAGUCCCUCGGUUGCAUCAGGUUCCAACAACGCAUCCAGAGCAUCAUCUGUGCUCCGAUCAGCUGCUGACUUGUUUCAAAAUGUUUUUAAGAAAUAGUCGAAAUAAAAAUUCUUUAAGGAAACAUUUAAUUACACUUCCAACAAAUGCAAAAAUCUAUAUUUAACUCAUUAUCUAUGGCUAAUUUGGCACAGAUUACAGUUACGAAAGGUACACUUGGAAUUUCGUGUGAUGACUCCACCCAUGAUGACGCUGAACUACGAUCCCGUGAAAUCUAUAUGCAAUUUAUGAAACAAAAAAACUUUAACGGUUUAAAAAAAUUAAACUGAACAGUUUUACUAUGGUAAAAAGAACAAGAUAUCUAUCUAUCUAUCAUAAUAAAAACACAUAAGUCGAGAUUUAUGUAUUUAUCUAUAAUCAUAUAAACUCAAUUUGUAGGCUGUGCAGUUUCACAACAUUAUUUAACAGUCUUUAAAAAUAUACGAACAACAAUUAACAUUAAUAUUAGCAACUUUCAAUGUAUCAGCUUCACAUACAUCACUUAUUUCCCUAUAAUUUCAAAGGUGUCGUGAUUGAUAGGGUUUACUAAGUCCUCCUCGAUUCCAAAAUGUCCAUAUCUAGGGAUCAACACGCGAUUUUUAACUGUAUGUUCAUGUUCGUAGUAACCUAGGGUUUGAAAGUGAACAUGUCAUCCUUUCGAAAGCUUAACCAACUUAUAAUAUGAUUAUUGGAGUAAGCUAGUUCGAAUGGUUCGAACACGUUACCUAUUACGUAGGCUCAUAAAAGGCACUGAGCUUGUCAAUUAUUUAUUAUGUCUUAGAUAAUCCAUUUAUUUAUAAUAGUUAUGUAAGAAAACAGCAUUUUUUUAUUUAUCUGGUACUUUAUAAUAUUUCUCUAUUUUUUUCUCACAUUUACCCUCAUUGCCUUGGCUUGCCUUGCCUGGAAGAGUCCACCUUUGCUUACCUUCUGUUCAAUAAAUAUUUCUAUUGUACUUAUUUGGUGCAAUAAAGAAAAUGAAAGAAGGGAAAUGUGUAUGGGGACGGACAUGGGUUUUUUUCAAUAUUCUACGAGGGCGCAUUGAUUGCCUCGAUCUUCUAUCUAACAAUCGUAAUCAAAGUGCCGAACUAGAUACACGCCAGUGUUUGAUGUUUUUUUCUUGCACCAAAACUACGGCUGAGUGGUGUGCUCCCGCGAUUUGUGUGAGGUAUUAAUAAGAAAUUUUUUUAUUAUAACCUCCACAUUUCACAUUCGUUUGAAUGAUCUAAGCGUAAGUUAAUAGUCGAUAUGUAUAUUCCAAUAAUUCAUUUUACACUUUACUUUUUCAUUAAUUAUCUGCGUGUGUCAUUAUCAGUGUAACUCCUAUCACUGUGUUGUAUUAUUUUAUUUAAAGGUUACCUACUGAAUUUGUUUAUGAUCAUGUUUGUUUCUAGUUGUGAAAAUCUGUCAUCGGCACAAGGUAACUAAAACUGAAUACAAAUAUUGUAACUUUUGUUAUUUCUAAUAAAAUAAAUAAAUUCAAAUUACUUGGGUUCGUAAGGGAAAUUCAUUCAGUGUUAUGGGCAGAGACAACCUAUAUAGGAACUACCACGUCAUAACACAUAAGAACUGCCAUAUAAAAAUUAGUAAUCAACACAGUUUCACAUCUCAUUUCUACUGCUUCAACAACAAUUACAGUACAAAGUACAAGUACAAAAUUAAAAAUGGCAGUGCACAUCAAGCAUUUUUACUCUAAUUUAUUACUAGUAAAAGAUUCCGCAUUUAGUAUUAAUUAUAACAUUAUAUAACUAUAAACUAACAGGAUUGUGAUACAGCACAUGUUUUUAGUAUAUUUCAUCAAAAUUUAUGAAAGAAGAUGCAGCUCUAAGUACAGAUACUGCUCUGGACUGUGAGCGCUCGCGCACC